CUUCACACCAUCCGCAUGCCAGUAGUCGUAGCUCGUAGCAAGUGGGAAUCGCAACGUAAACCAUGUCGUGUCCAUUUGGUCGAGGACUUUACACGGCAGCAAAGAGUAAGACUGAGCCUAAUGCGUCCAAGACGCCGGAGCCAGGUUCAACGAAAACCUAUAUAACACCGAUAAAGGGUGUCGCCUAUGGAGACUAUCUACAGUUGGAUAAACUGCUAAAAUGCCAGACACUGAUGAGUGAAGUACAUGGCGAAAAGGUACACGACGAGCAUCUAUUCAUCAUUACUCACCAAGUUUACGAGUUGUGGUUCCAACAGAUUAUCCUUGAGAUUGAUUCCGUCAAAAAAAUGUUUGGCGGUUCCUUCUUGCAUUGGAGUCUCAUAUCACAAAGCAACAAACGCAUAAUCGCUGGCCUUUCAAAUACUAAUCGCAAUGAUGUAGAUUGUAACAACAACGAGACCAUUAAACCAGCCGGCGUGGGUAGCGGUAAGACCCGAGAUGCAACAUAUGGAAUCAGGAAUGGCAACGAAGACCUAAUAGCGUCGGUAACUAACAACACCAACAGAGUGCGCUAUAAUCGCCAACAUUACUUGGAAGUGUUUCAAGACUCGGAGUCGUGUACGGCCCUCAUUGAAUCAGAAGAACAGGACUCACUGCUGGAACUUGUGGAAAAAUGGCUCGAGAGGACACCUGGGUUAGAGCCGACGCAAUUCAACUUUAUAAACCGCUUUAAGAAUACUGUCGAGAAGAUGUUAAAGGAUGAAGAAAGCCAAGCUGAGGAGUACGAGGCGGAAACAAUAAAGCAGGAGAUAAUGGAAAAUGCCGCUCGACAAAGGGAGGUAUUUUCAACAAUCUUCGACGUCCAGAAACAUGAGAACCUUGUCGCACGAGGCGAGAGAAGGUUGUCGCACAACGCAAUGUUGGGUGCACUCAUGAUCUGUCUGUAUCGCGACGAACCCCGUUUCAACCAGCCCUAUCAACUGAUAACAGCGCUCAUGGAUAUCGACUCUCACAUGACGAAAUGGCGAUAUAACCACGUUGUUAUGGUGCAAAGAAUGUUAGGUAACAAACCUGGAACCGGUGGCUCAUCUGGAUACCAAUACUUGCGUUCAACCGUCAGUGACAGAUACAAGGUGUUUUUGGACCUCUUCAACCUGUCCUCAUAUCUGAUCCCGCGGAAAUACAUCCCGCCCCUGACACGCAUCAUGAAGCGCCGCCUAUCGGUGAUGGAAGAUAUGAUCCUAGUCCCCAAAAUCGGAGUCGCCAACGCUGAAGCUGCUGAAGCUGCUGAAGCUGCCGAAGCUGCCGAAGAAAAGGACGAGGAAUAAUGGAGAUGUUAACUGUGCUAGAGAUGAACGGAGAACGAGGUGUCAUUGCGGACCCUCACUGCUCAACGCCGUCAACCCCCUAUUCAUGUUCUUGUGUACGUACGCACAUCAGCGGGAUACCAUACAGUUCGAUGAGUUGUAUGCUUAAAUAUUCAGUAAAAUGUAUUUUGAUUUAUUCAUUAUAUCACCCAGCACUAAUAAGACUGAUUAAUACCUUUGAUAUAGUCGCCACAAGACCGGAUAAACGCAUGUUUAAGUAAUCGGCUUAAGCAAUCGCAUCCGAAAUUUAUUGAACUAUGUUGCGGGUGAUGAACAAAAAUCGAGUUUCGAUGCGCAUUAACUUUCCUGAAGCGCAAUGCGUUUCGCUGACAUUUCGCGGCCCAUGGUAAAUGCAAACAACUACAGGAAUGCUUGUGGUGGUGGCGUGAGCAAACAGAUUGUUGUAAACCGUGUUGUUUCGCUUGCCCGAGGGCACCGACGCGGCAUGGAUGCAUAAAUCAUCUCGUCGUGGGUUAAGUCCGUACGUCUCAGUUAAGCGUAGAUUUUACGGAUUUUGUGGUUUCUAGUUUUGCGGUACGGGUGAGAGCAAGGGUGGGGACAAAGGUACGGAUAAGUUGGGUUGCGUAAACGGAAAAUAACCCUUAGCAUGACGAGCCGUGCCGUGGAUUAGCUGCUGUACGCAAUUACAUAUCAGCAAAUCAGUAAGCAAAUUCGUAUAAGUUGACGGAAAGGGAAAUGUAAAUGAUAUAAUAAUUUAAACAUAAUAAAAUCGAUUGCUCAAGUCGACAAAGUCAAUUGACGGUACGACCGAUUAACUAGGUAAAGCAAUUUAUAGCUUUUCUAUAUUUAAAGCUUUUAGAACACGCGGCAGUAUAAAUUAGUAAUAAAAUAUACCGUUGCUAGUUUUACAGUUUUUAUACUGCAUGCAAUUUGGGAAAUCAUAACAACUUAAUUAAAUAAAACUAUAAUAUAGACAUUUCAAUUCA